UGGCCUUUGCAGGGACAGCAGGUCCCCGAGCCCCGGGCCGGCAGCGGCAGAAGCGGGGCAGGGCUGGGCAGGGCUGGGCAGGGCUGUCCCGUCAAGUCCCCGCCGCCCGCAGGCCGCAGCCCCGGCCCCGCAGCCCCGGCCCCGCGCCCCCGGGGCCGCACGGACGCGGCACGGCAGGCUCGCGGGCAGGGCCGGGCCGCCGCACGCCGCCCGCGGGACCGCGGCCAUGGAGGGAGGGAAAAAGCGCCAGGAUAAAGACACAUCAAAAGGAAAAAGGACAUCUCAGGAUACUUCAGACAUGGCUCCAACCGAAGGAAAGGCAAAGUCAGAAUGCCAUAACACAUACAGACUGGAGCCACGUACUAAAGUUCAGGAUGGUUUACUAAGAGACAAAGCUCAAGCAAUACUAACGAGUAAACUACAAGAAGCCACAUAUGAUGGAGCUUCUGGUCCCUUCUUGUGUGCUUCAAUCUCAGAAGAAAUAUUAAAGGCUGUGAAGGAAUUGGACUAUGAUCGUUAUAAAUAUGUGGUAUCAGUGCUAAUUGUGGAAAAGGCAAAUCAGGCAAUGAUUGUUGCCAGCAGAUGCCUCUGGGAUGCUCAAAGAGACACCUGGGUUUCAGCUAAAUGUGAAACUGAUACAUUUAUUGCACUGGCUUUGGUAAUGGCUUGUUAUUACGACUAAAACUCUGAAAGUCACAUCUGCAUUUGUGCAGCACAAUACGUGGUAUAUUUGAAAAUUUUCAAAACAUUAUUAUUUUGGUAUUCAUUUUUGUCCUAUUGCUGUUGGCACAUUCAAACUGACAUGCAGUUGAGAUAAUUUUGCUCUGUUUAAAAACAAAACAAAACAAACCCCAAAAAACUGCCUUGGAAAUGUUUAUGGUUGAGUGCAUAUGGGCUUCAUCUGUUGUAAUGCUCUGCUGUGGAAGUGGGAGCAGCUGGUGUAAGGCCAAACAUUGCAAAAUUUUGAAUAUUGCUUGUCUCUUGGAUGCCUGGGACUGUUAACCAAUGCUUAUAUGCAGUUGCAGGUAUCAGUUUUAUUAAAAGCAUGUUUUUUGUAAGAAAAAGCAGUGUUCAGUUUUCAUUUUCAUUGUUGGUAUCUAUGAUAAAAUGCUGGUCUGCCUGAACAGUUGGCUGAGAGGGAAACUGUUUUGCUGUCCUAGGAACCUGUGCAAAUUUUCAGCCGUUUGCCUUGAAUGAAACGGAAGUUCAGUUAAUAGAUUACCUAGGUCUUAACCUAUGGUUAAGUAUGGCUUAGGAACUGGUUGGUGGACAAAUAUUGAAUUGAGCGAGUUAGGGUUGGUCUAGGGGCUUGUGGUGGCAGUGGCAGGAGGAUGAUGGGGUCAAUCGGGAGGCUAUUGAGAAUUAGUCUGUAACUGGCAAGGGCAGCAGUGAUUGUAUUUUUUAAAACGAGACU